GCUGUUAUUAGGCUUCCUCCUCUGAUACAGCAGACAGACAAAAGGGGAUCAAAAAGCCCACAAGACGCUCACAAAAACAUAAAAUAAGACCUUUGGAUCAGUAAGUGCGUUCACAUACAGACAUGCCAUGCAAACUCUGGCUCGCUCUUUCAGUGUGGCUUCUCCUGCCAACCUCUGAAGCUGGAAGGCAGAUGCCUAAACUUGCUGACAAGAAACUCUGCGCUGACUCCGAAUGCAGCCACCCUAUCUUGAUAGCUCGUGCAGUGCAGGACUACUACCCUGGAGACUGCAGGUUCAUCCCCAUCAGACAGGGGCAGCUCGUCUAUGUCUAUGCAAUGCUGAAAGACAGAGGGAACCUCUUCUGGGCUGGCAGUGUACAAGACUCGUAUUAUGGACAACAGGAGGCUCGCAUUGGCCACUUCCCCAGCAGCGUAGUGGAGGAGAUGCAUCCUCUCAUGCCAGCUAGCACUGAAGUCACAACUACUAAAUGGGACUUCUACUGUUACUGAUGAUGCCUUUACCAACAAAGAAAACGACCCUCUUGUGAACUACAUUACAAGAUAACUUUUUAUUUGGUAUCAUAUGAUCUUACACACAUUGUUGACAGUAUAUAUGUACAGUAUAUAUGUACGGCACUGCUGAUAAUCUGCAAUUUAGACAGAUAUGGGCAACAGCUCUGCAUAGCAACAAAUGAUUGUAGAAUGUAAUCAGAUUGUAGAAUCAGGAUUUUCAAACACUGAAACAAGAACCAUUGCUGCUAAUGGUUUGUAUUUGACUCCUUCUGUCUGUUUUACUGGUUGAUCGAAAAAUCUCGCAGCCUACAUUCUCUGUAAUACCCCUUCAUACAGUUUAUAUCUGUGUUGCAGGUAUUAAAAGGCAUUAAAUAAUA